AUGCAGGUAAUAAUAAUAGGCGCAGGCCUCGGCGGUCUCGGCGCCGCAAUCUCUAUCCUCCUCGCGGGACACAGGGUAAAAGUGCUCGAAUCGGCAAAAAGCAUCGGGGAAGUCGGCGCGGGCAUCCAGUGUCUACCGAACAGUACCAGAAUCCUGCAGUCCUGGGAUAUACACGGGACGCUUACAUCGAAAGCCUCGCAAACAGAGACAUGCAAUAUCCUCAACUGGAAGGGAGACUUGAUAUCGUCUAUGGACUUCGCGGCAGCGGGAAGGGAGCACGGGGCACCGUUUAAUGAUUUCCAUCGGGCUGAUCUACACGGCGUCCUCCUUUCUCGGGCGAUCGAGUUAGGCGCGGAUAUACAGACGAGUAGUGAAGUCGUGGAUAUUACCUUCGACGAUGACAAGAGCAUCGCCACGGUGCUGGUGAAAAACCAACAACCGCAAGAAGCAGACCUCGUCAUCGGCGCAGACGGGAUCAACUCGCGGUGUCGCGAGAUCUUGCUCGGACGGCGCGAACCACCGCAUCGCACCGGCGACAUGGCGUACCGGAUCCUCCUAGAUGGCGAAGAUGUUCGGAAGGAUCCAGAGCUGGUGCGGUAUCUAGAUGAGAAGGCCGUGAAUUAUUGGUACGGGCCUGGAGCGCAUGCCGUAACGUACGCCCUCCGCGACGGGUCCCAGCUCAACCUCGUCCUGCUCGUCCCAGAUAACAUGCCCGAAGAAGGCCCGUCAACACUACAAGGCUACGUCGACGAGAUGCAGGGACUAUUCAAGGAGUGGGAUCCAAACGGGGCGGGGAUAACAUUCGAAGACGCAGCUGUGCUAGGUGAGUGUCUGAGCCGGAUUGAAUCGCUUUCGAAAGACGACAAGGCCAAGGCGCUAGGUGUUUACGAGCUGUGCCGGAAACUGCGGACGGAGACUGUUGUCCGGCGCGGGUCGAUCCAGCAGGAUCUGAAUCACCUUGAUGAUGGAGAGGAGCAGAGGGAGCGGGAUUGGAAGAUGCGUGGGUUUGAGGCUGUUGAGAGGCAGUGGGUUCAGGGGAAGCGAGGGCCGUUACCUGAGGGUUUGAAGGAGGGGGAGGAUCCUUUGGUGUGGAGGAGGUAUGGGGUUGGGGGGUGGCUGUUCCAGUAUGAUGCUUGGGAAGACGUAGAAGCGAAGUGGGACGUCAAUUAG